CUCCGCGGACCACCACCAACAGAGACACGCGCACGCGCUAGGAAUCAAGAACCAAGCGGUGGUGGUGGUGGGCAGUAGAAUAAGCUGCGCUGAGCUGCCUCCGGUUGGCGUCUUGGCGAGGCAUCGCUUCCCCUUCACUCCACUCUCUACAGUGGAGCGCUUGCUUGACUUCCCCUCUUCGCUUCGUCCUAUUCCCUCUCCGCCCGCCCGCCCGCCCGCCGGAGCCAAGGGAAGUGGGGAAUGCAGGCGCUGCGCCACGGCCCGGCGGCGGGCGGCGGCUGGGGCGGGGUCGCGGGGGCGGGCCCCACCACCGUCGACGAGGCGUCCAUGGAGCGCAGCAAGAGCUUCAUCAAGGCCCUGCAGGAGCUCAAGAACCUCCGGCCGCAGCUCUACUCCGCCUCCGAGUACUGCGAGAAGUCCUACCUCCACAGCGAGCAGAAGCAGAUGGUGCUGGACAACUUGAAAGAUUAUGCUGUACGAGCUGUUGUCAAUGCGGUUGAUCAUCUGGGUACUGUUGCCUACAAAUUGACAGACCUUUUCGAACAGCAAGCUUCUGAGGUGUCAACUUUCGAACUGAAAGUUGCACGUCUGAACCAGCAAGUCUUCACAUGCCAAGUCUACACAGACAAAGAAGGCCUCAGGCAGCAGCAAAUGAUGGGGACAAACAUAAAACACCACAAGCACUAUAUCCUACCAUCUACUGGUCAUAAGAGAUCCCCGGCUCAUGCUCACCUGCCAGCAGACACUGAUCAGGAAUCAAAACCUAGACCUUAUCCCUCAGCAAAGACCCUUUCCUGGCAUCUGGCUUCAGAGAACAGCACCACAGCAAAUGCAGCACAUAAACCUACAUUUGCCCUAGUGGACACAGCAUCAUCAAAACCUGCAUCAGGUAAGGAGCGGUCUGCUUCUCCUAUGCGCAGACCUCUGCAGUUUAACCGGAGCACCAGUUCUGACGCUAUGCAAAAGGUUGGCACUAAGAACCAAUCUGGUGUAAAGGAAUUUUCAACAUUUCAUUCUUUCGACAACCCUAAAGGGCGUGCAAUCCAAAAGGCUCCUGUUGGCACUAAAAGCAUGCUAGCGGCUCUCUUCAUCAAGCACAAAUCAGCGAAGAUGAAAAAGAUAGCAGUUCGCUGAUGAGCUCGCAUUUGAUUGGGGGGCAGGUAUCACUGUAAAUUUCAUGCUGGAAGAGAAGCUUGAUAUUGUACAUCUGACCCGUGGCGUCUGCGUUCAGUCUGCUGUUGGUUUAGAGCUGAGUAUCUGUAGUCAUUUCUCAUUUCGUAAUUGUUGUUAUUGUCAUCUUGCUGAUGACCGAAAUGUAAUGAUUUCAUAUCAGCAUGCACCAUGCUCGCCGUGUAAUUCUGCUUGCUCGAAGCUUCGGCUUUUAGCAUCUAAAUAAAAGCAUCUCGGAAAUAGCUUUCAGAGUUUU